AACAAUUAAAACAAUGAGAACAGUAUUUGAGGAGAACUCGUGAGUGCGCGGUUUCUCCCUCACUUCAGUACGGUAUUUCUCGUGGUAUUUCCAAUUCAGGAUACCGGGCGUACCGCUACUUCGAUUCACGCAUAUAUUAUAUCAGCGGGUAUGCUCAUUCUCAAAAACUCAUUUCUUUUCAUUCCUGUUAUGUUACAACUUCAACUCGACUGCGUCGUAUUUCGAAAAGUAUUACGUAAGCAUAGGUAAGUGGGAAAAAUGAAAAACUUUUUUUUUCCAUAAAAUUUUUUUACUGAUUUCACUCUUGUGUUUUCCGGUCAGGUAUCGUGUCAGCAAUGAAAACAACUUGCACUUUGCUAACAAAUUACCAAUAUGUUUCCGGUUUUUGAAUCUUUAGAAAUUUAAAUUUUUCUUAAAUUUCAAAAAAUCAAUUUAAGAGAAAUAGUGUUAUCUCGGAAAAUCUGAAUAAUCCAACUGUAAUUGGUGCCAAUAAAGAGAACUUAUUGACCACAAUUUCCGCGGAAAUUGUGAAAGAAAUUUGACAAGAAAAAUUACGUGAAAGUUAAGAAAAAAAAAAACAAAAAAAUUACGCCGACUAUUGUUCUGCCCUAAAGCCCGGAUGAGGAAGUAUUCCCACAAAUUUCUGCCAACAGUUUGAAUGCUAUUGUCACCACCGUUACUGUUUUCAAUACCCCAUCCGUGGACCACCUAUUUUCCAUCGCGACUAAGGUCGACGCGCUCGCAGAUGAAAUGAAGGGGAGACCCCCGGAUGUCCGCGCCCUGACCCACAAGAAGUGAGGCCGCGCUCAGUAAGACUCAGAGCCGCUGGUAAGCCGGAGGGAUAGACUGUUGCUCCCAGUGGUAACAACAAUUACACGAGAACAUUGUCAUUUAUUGAAAUAAUCCAUAAAGUUUUGAAGAACAGGAGACCCUCCCGCCGGAGGGAGAUGUCGAUGCGAGUGCCCUUUUUAUUCGGAGUUGAGUGAUACAUGUUCACCGGUGGAAUAUUCAAAUUAAUCACAAUAAAGCUGUUGGGUUAUCGAGUUUAUUAUUAACAAUGACGUUAAAGACUAUUGGAGUUGUCAUCUUCGUUGGUUUUAUUCUGACUUGUGGAGUUCGUGGACAGGAUGAUGAUUCCCUGGCGGGCAGUUUCUUAUCAGGUCUUCUAGAUACAAUAGCAAACACAGCCAACAGCGAGGACUGUCCCGGGGUGUGUGUCCACGCUCUAGCGACGCUGAUAUGCGACGAGGUCCUCGAGGACAUCCAGUGCCCGACGGCGAGCAUGCGGUGCUGUGUGAAUGGACCACUGAACAGCACCGAGACGUCGUCGGAGAACGACAUCGAGGGCUCGACACCCACGAGCACCGAGAAGCCCAUCACCGCGAGCUAUCCAGCUACCACGACCCUUACCACGACCACCACCGUUGCUACAACUACCAUGAGUCCGAGUACAACGUCAACGGCUGUCACUACGGCGAUGCACAGGGAGCCUGAUAAGCCAUCGAUAUCGAAAUGCCCUCCUCCGGGGCUCUGCAUAGAGGCCCGAUUAACUAAUUACUGCGAAGCCAUCCUGGACAUUGACAACCUGUGCACGAAACCCGAGCACCGAUGCUGCGUCUCCAAGGACGCCUUCGGGGGCAAUCCACCCCCGGGAUUCUACGUGAUCGAUCGUUCCAAAGGAAACAUCACCAAGGAAGAUAAGAUCGGGGAGAAGGCAGCCAGCACUGCGCGACCAACGGCUCCCAGUCCUGUACCAGCGACCACGCCGAGCACCACAACGACCACUCAGCGACCAAAACCUGUGCAGCGGACACCCUGCAAGGGGGAGUGCGUCAACGGGCUCUUCGCACUUUUCUGCGACAACAUCGACAGGGAGGCUGAUUGUCCCGGUGGCGAGUCCUGCUGCAUCACCGAGUCGCCAAUUAAAGUGGAACCAACAACAACCACCCCUCGCCCAACAACAAAGCCACCGCAGCCGAAACUGUCCCCUUGCCGGGGCUUCUGCAUGCUGGUGAUAUUCGCUGCAUUCUGCGAGCGACCCAACACUAUUGUUUCUAAAACGUCGACCUGUCAGAGUGGAUUUAUCUGCUGUGACGAUAGCAAUUCCGUGUCACCUGUAUCAAAACACCGUCCGAAACCGGCCCCAACUCGUCCCCCAGCGACCACGAUCUCUUUACCUCCUGACAAUCGACCUGAUUGCAUCAGUCAGGGUGGCUCAUGCAUCGUCUCGUACAUAUCCUUCACAUGUUUCAGAAACGCCGAGUUGACGAAUCUGUUCAAGUGUAAAAAAGCUGGACAACAGUGUUGUGCACCGAAAUUCCGGAUACGAGGGGUUAAUAAUUCCAGUGACCUGAGUUCAAGUAAUCGGAAUGACACUAUUUCAGGUGGAAAUUUCAGGCCGCAAGCCACCAACUUUCCCACUUUUUACGAAACGCCCCUCACAACUACCCCACCUCCCUCCACAACCCCUCUAUCAACAACAACAGACCCAACGUUCAACAAAUACGUAUGUGGAGUAAAGGGUACCUCCCGGGGGCCGAUCCAGGCCAAGAGCCUGUGGAGGGACCCCCGAGUUGUCGGUGGAGAGGACGCCGAUGCCAACGAGUGGUGUUGGCAGGUGGCCCUCAUCAAUUCCCUCAACCAAUACCUGUGUGGAGGUGCUCUUGUGGGGACCCAGUGGAUCCUCACUGCGGCUCAUUGUGUCACAAACAUCGUACGAUCAGGAGACGCUAUCUAUGUGCGAGUAGGGGAUCACGAUCUGACCAGGAAGUACGGGAGUCCUGGAGCACAGACCUUGCGAGUGGCGACGACCUACAUCCACCACAAUCAUAACAGCCAGACGCUGGAUAACGAUAUAGCCCUUCUGAAGCUUCAUGGCCAGGCAGAACUCAAGGACGGAGUCUGUCUGGUAUGCCUGCCAGCCAGAGGAGUCAGUCAUGCUGCUGGCAAGAGAUGCACAGUCACUGGAUAUGGAUAUAUGGGUGAAGCUGGUCCCAUUCCUCUGAGAGUACGAGAGGCUGAAAUUCCAAUAGUCAGUGAUGCUGAAUGCAUUCGAAAGGUCAAUGCAGUCACUGAGAAGCUGUUUGUUUUGCCUGCGAGCAGCUUUUGCGCUGGGGGGGAGCCUGGCAACGACGCCUGCCAGGGUGAUGGUGGGGGACCCCUGGUAUGCCAAGACGACGGUUUCUACGAGCUGACAGGCCUUGUGUCCUGGGGCUUCGGAUGUGGAAGAGUCGAUGUGCCUGGUGUAUACGUCAAGGUGUCAGCGUUUAUCGGAUGGAUAAGCCAAAUAAUAACUGUUAAUAAUCUUUAGUCGGUCCCUCUAUAGGUCCCAAACUGCGUCUUGACGAUGAUACUGUGAGAUAUUAUUAAAUUUAAUGAUGAACUUUGAAGUUGAGUAGAAUGAUACAAUCGCCAUUCAGACGCCCCAUCCCUCGACAAAUGUAUCGAUAUUGUAAUUGUUGAGUGAUUUCAGUAAUUGCAUCAUUGGUCCACUUGAUUAUCAAAUUUAUUGGGGUCAUUCGUACAGUCAUUUUCACCAAAAUUCACGAUUUUUUUUGUGUCAUCAACCGCUGUUUUUUUAAUGAGAAGAGACGUUUCGCGUAAUUAGAUGUAUCAUCCUUUGUACUUGUGCCUUUAUCUCCUAAACAAGUGGUUUUAGAGAAAAAUGUUAAGAGAAAAUUUUUCUGGCGGACAAAAUUUCCAGUGAAAAGUCUUGUAUGUAUUUUUUCCCCAAAAGUACUUCUCAUUGAGAUAAUCCAAAAUUUUUUAAAUUGGAAAAUUCACAUCGUGAUCUACUGUCCUUGAAAAAUCACAAAAAAUCUCAUUAUCCUUUCCAAUCGCUUUGUAAAUUAACGCAUUACCUAUUAAGGACCCUUCUACGUAAGCCAAUAAGAAGACAAUGUUUUAUCAUCACUUUAUUCAUAUAUUUAUAGAUAAAUGCAUCUGAAUGCUGACGAUAAAUGUAUAUUUCAUCCUUAAAUCUAGCCUUUAGCAAUUCCCUAAUUACAAAUUAUUUCUAAUAA